UAUGCCCAUCAGCUUCGUUUCACAUUUCGUUUGGCUUUUCGAAGAUCAUCCUCGUCCUUGUAUUACUGUGAUCAAAAUACCAUAGGCAAUGGAAGUCUUCUUGGAUCAGGAGAUUCAUGGAGAGCCGAUCGCGACGAGACGUGUGAGUUUUGCUCAGGACAAACUAUUGCAGACACUGGUUUUCGUUGUACAGACUACAGUAGCAGCGAAGAUUGGUCAGUGGGUGAAAACAACUUUACUCACACUUUCUCAGCCGACACGACAUGGAUUGUAAGGUACGUUCCUUUAUAUAAUCUUACUUUUUCUUUUUAUAAUUAUGUAAAUAAAUAUCAUUAUCCUUUCAGUUUCGCAUUUGCUAUUACGAAAUUGAAGUCUUUAUUGCCCUCGGUUUGUAACUAAUAUUGCGAUUCUAUGAGUAUUUCUUAAUGCAUGUCUUGUUUGAUGGCCCUCUUAAAAUUUAGAAUGGAAGUUUUAUGGAGCUUUAUCAUGCUAUUUGCUAUCUUUCGGAAAAGCUUUUAAGCUUUUUAAAAAUAUGUCUUUUCAUCAACUGAAUUCUACUGAAAAAUAACGGUUCAUUUUUGUAAUUACGACUAUGUUUAUGCAAUGAAACUGUUUCCUGUCUUCUGUUGCAACGGAUGACAAGAAUGGACAUGGAUUGACACGUGAAAAAGUUGGACCAAUCUUUUCAAGUUUUACCUGACUGCAAAAAUCUCAAAAAUGAUAGUGCUCCCUGAUGAAAAUCGGUUGGACAUCUUCCUCAUAAUCGAUCAUAGCUCUACAGGGGUCAAUCAAGGGAUGGCUGUUGGGUCAAUUUAAUAAAACAUUUAGAAGUGUAAUUUACAAGUGUAAUCAUUGUUUUAGGGUCUAAAAACAACGGCUACACUUGUAAAAGUUUUAUUGAAUUGACCCCAGGAGAAUUUUGUGUAUGGGUAAAAAAAUAGAUACUUAUACUUGACUUCAGCACAGAAUUGACCUAAAACAGCAAAUUUGACAAAGCCGCUUUAAGGAAAGGUUAUACAAUUUUAGUAGCAUGGCAUGGAAUGAAAAUGUGAUGCUACAUUUAUUUAGUAAAAGACAAGUAUCACAGUGUUCCUACCUAAGCAGCCUAUGUUUAUCUUUGUUAAUAGCUACACUGACUGCUGUUGGACGUCCUUGCAAUCGAGCAUGGGGUAUCAGGAUGGCCCUUUUCGUAUAUCGACGAAAGUUACUCUGACCCAGAGGUUAGAUAAUGGGAGAAUUAACUCGUCUCCUGUAUCAAGAAGUCCCGCUAUUAUCAGGUGGUCUGAAGGCUGCUCCCGGUCUCUAAGGAUACCUGUUGAGGACGGGGACGGAGAUGUGGUAAAAUGCCGCUAUGCAAAUGACUUCGAGUCCCUCAUUUAUGACAGUUUUCCUCAUGGCAUAUUAGAUGAGGUGAUGAAUCAUUUCUGUGUUGCACUUUUUUGUAUAAGAAUGUGGGUUUUUUUUCCGGCCCAAGAUGGAUAUUUUUCAUUACUUUUCUAACGAAAAUAUAGUAGGCUGAAAAUAUUCUUGUAUUAUUCUUAAAUUAUAGCUUAUGUCAUUUCUGUUUUAGAAAAUAUGGGGUAUGGGGGUAUUUUAUUAAAAUAAACACUAAAUGACUCAGUGGCGGAUCUAGACCUUCAGAUAAGGGGGGGGGGGGGGGCUCAGUUUGGUCCAAAAAAAGGGGGGGCAGACCCCGGGCCCCUUCCCUGGAUCCGCCACUGUGACUGGUCCCGAGGGAAACAGUUAGUUUCGUUUCCUGAGAAUCUCAAUAGGGAGCUUAAGCGACGACGACGACGAUGACAAUGAGAACGGCAAAAAAGCAAUAGGUUUGUAUUUGCAAAACAACAACUCUGCGCGUGAUCACGCUCUUUUGUACAUUUCUUUGCCGUUGUUGCACGACUACAACGUGAAACUGUCUAAUCAUUUCACGUUUUCUCGACUGGGACGGGAACACAAGACAACAACUUCCUUUUUCUUUUUCUAGACUUUGAUACAGUCCUUUCGAAUUCAACUCAAAAAAAAUUGCCAACAUUUGACGAAUUAAACUAGAUGGUAUAAGCGCAAUAAAGUUUGAGGCAGCGCAAAUUCACUUUUUACAUGAGGUUUUUGCAGCCGUAGCCGUUGUUGUUGCUUAAGCUCUGUAAUGUUUCCCGAGGCAGUGCUGAAGAAACUUUGAGAUUCGAAGGAAACAAAAGUAACUGUUUCCCGAGGAACCAGUCUUUAGGUGAUUUGUUACAUAGCUGGAAAUUUUGAAGCUGGAAAAUCCUCUCGCUGUAACGUACGGCGAUCGUCCGUGUCAACAUUCGUGGGUAACAGUAGUGCAUUCCCUGUGCACUGGUGUUACCCUUUGAUGUCACAGAUUUUGUAAUGUUGACGGCUCAGAGUUUUGCGGGAAACAGUUCAUAUUGUUAGAUAGCACGUGACCUCGAAGUAACUAAUGAGAGUGCGCGCUGUUGGGAAAAAUUUCCAGCCAUAUACAAUUCUAGUUAGUGCAGGGUUUUUCGUUUUGUUGGCUAUAGUUUUGCCGCUUAGAGAAACUGAAAAUUAAAGAAAUGUAACAAUAUUUGUAUAAAAAUAAUUUUAUUGUAUUUACAGAUUUUCAGCGAACAAAAUCAUAUCCUUUAUUCUUGAAAUAAUUAAAGUUUCGCAAAUCUCAACCUCGAAAUUCUUAUAGAUAUUAUAUUCGUAUAUAAAAAAGGAGCGCAGCGUACAACUUGUUCAUACACCUCACAGUGGCAGCUGCAGGAAAAAUGAAACAUUGAUCAGUCACAUUAAACAUAGCACCAUUUAUUCAUUUCUAAAACAAACCAUUUUCUGUUUGUUUCCCUUUUGCAGAAAACGUGUUUGCUAUCGUAUAAUGGGAACAAUGGAACAGCUGGUACUUACGUUGUAGCAUUGACAUUAGAAGAUUUCCCAGCAGGAACUACAAACUUCGAUGGCGUAACUCCAUUCAGUUCUGUGGGACUGCAGUUUCUUGUCAUAAUAAGCAGCUAUUCUGGUUCUUGUAGUAAUGUUUCUGUGUUUUCUCCCUUAACACCUAACGAUGGAGAAUGCACCGAAGUACAGAUUGGUUCAAUGUACAGAGCUGUCAUUGAGGUUACACUUGUAGACGUUUCAAAACGGUGAGCAAUUUUAUAUUUUAUUUUGACAAAAUGGCAAUCGGUUGGUGAAGGAAACAUUUUUCCAAAUUUUAAAGGAAUAAUUUAAUACAAGUAACGGUCUGUGUUCGAAGCAAAUGACAAUACCAGGUGCAGUUGUAUCUCAGUUUGUGUCCAAUGAACCCGUCACGCUAGUAAAGGUAAAAUUGCAGGGGUUGCAUUUCAGCUUUUAUACUACUACAUGAGAAAUUUGUACAAUUUGAUUGGCUUAGAGCGGUGGUAUUUCAACUUAAUUUGAAAUACCUACAUGUGAAAAUAACAAACCUUUUGUGGGUAGUAGUAUAAACAAAUAAUAGCAUGAUUUGCACGUGGUAUUUGGCAUAAAUACCACUUGUGAUAUUUCAAAAUUUCACCCGCCUAACGACUAGUGAAAUUUCGUAUGACAAUUUUGAAAUAUCACUCGUGGUAUUUCUGCCAAAUAUCACUACAAAUCAUGCUAUUACCUAUACUAAUUUGUACUCAUCUAUCGCCAGAAGCCAAUCUUAAUUAUAUAGUCUGGGUCCCAUUAUGAAAAAUUCCACGACUGCUGGUAGAGCGAUAACAACUAAGAGAAAUAUAAAAGGAAAGUCGUUCAGGUUAUUCGAGAUCAGAAGGUAAUCAGCACAUCAACUUAGUAUGUAAAGAUCGAAUAUGUUAUGGGCUAUUCCUGGAAGCGGAAUAUUUUGUUUUUAGUAUUCAAUAUUCAAACUGUCUAUAUUUAAUAUUUAGACAUCAAUAUUCAAUAUUCAGACUUCCAUAUUUAUCUUAUUUUCAUUAUUCAAGCAAUUUUUUCUAUAAGAGCCACAUCCGUUAUUGCAGGCUACCAAGACACAAUGUAUUCCUUUGCAAUGAGUACUACCUAAUGGCAGAGGUCGUUCAGAAAAUAUCAAAUUAUAGACAAGACAUGCUCCUAGUUACAUUGCAACAGACUAUUAUGUAAAACUGUGAAAGGUUUGAGCCCGGGAGUCAUUUCAAAAGUAGGUUGAGUUUGAUCGUCCGGGUGAACGUAUCGAAUAUAGGACUGUUGUUGUUUCUAUUGACUGUCAACAACAGUCCUAUUCAGGACUACGUUCACCCGGACGAUCAAACUCAACCUACUUUUGAGACUAUUAUGUGUUGGUAAACGUUGAUAGAAAAAGGCUUGACCUGGUUACAAACAUUGGCCCUGUCCCGGGGGGGGGGGUACUCCCUUAUGUUGUAGGUUAUAUAUAUAGGUAUGUGCCAUGCCAUCGGGUUGGGUUUUGGAGCCGUUUUGGUCUGAAAACGGGUAUACACUUUGCCCAUUUUGGUCUGAAAACGGGUAUAGUUUUCGAGGGAACUACGGGAGCGUAUGAACGUAUUUAUCGUUCGAAUUCCAAAUGAGGAAGAAAGAAAGAGAAAUAUGCGAAUUCGAAAUGUAUUUGAAGAUUUUUUUUGGCUCUCUGUUUGGAAAAAAAAGCGAGGAAAAGGAAGGGAAAGGGGGAAGAGAGCCCUUUUCGCUUUUCCCUCUCCCCAGUUCCCCGCUCGACCAAAGGCCUGUUCACGGGCUUUUUUUUUUUUGUUGUGCUCUAAUCUAAGUAAUACUAAUGAAUCACAUAACCAAGCCGACUGUGUGAGCCCAUGUUCCUUGGUCUACCCUAGCCAAGGAACACGGGCUCACUGGAUGGACCGGCCCGACAAAACAUCAGUCGAACAUAAUGAAACAUAAGAAAUAGUGAAUUUUCUAGAUAAAUAAAGAUUCAUUAUUCAAGUACAUUUAUUCAUAUUCAAACUAAGUUUUCAAAUAUUUAAACUAAUCUAAACUCAAUAUUCAAUAUUCAAUAUUCCGCUUCCACCCCUGAAUGUUAUUUUGAAAUUUCAGCAUUGUUGAGAUAGUGACUGCCUCUCCACCUGGAAUGCAUCUUACUCCUUUAAGUGAGCGUAGUGGAGUGCAUUACAGAAAUGUCACGUGGUAUCCCAACCAAAAUCAAGUUGGACAACAGUCGUUUUGCUUUAAGGCAGUUGACUCCUCGGGGUGAGAUGGUGAUUUAGUUAUACUUGACUUAUAGGGCGAAUAGUUAAUAGCAUAAAAUGAUAUACUAGGUAUUUGCGCGAGAUUUUCCUGUAAAUUUUUAUGAGGCAUUAAUGAAAUACGCUAAAAAGAAAUUUGUAAUGAGCUCUUAGCAUUGAUAUAUUUCCAAACAUAACAUAUCACGUGAAGAUGAAAUAAUCAGCAUGUCACGAGCGUGGGAGAGAGAAAGAAACUGAUUCCCCGACAGGAUUCGAACCUAUGACCUCCCAAACACCUACCUCUACUCUAACCCAACAUUAACACUUCCUUCUCACUUAGGGCAAAAUGCUGGCUUAGGGGAGGGGUAGGUAUGCAGUUUCCCAGAAAGGUAUUGAUAAUGAUCCAAAAAAUAAUUUAGAAGGGAGCGAGGGUUCGCUCAAGUUUUCUUGCAUAUCUCGCUUUGCACCAUUCCCACAGUCUGAACCUCUGGAACAGGCUAAAUUUACACUUGAUAUGAAGUUAAAGGAAGUCGAGUUUCAUCUUAUGAUCAGCACUGAUUUUAUGGACCAAAUUUUGGCCCAGAGCCUUUAUACUUUACUGGGUUGUUCCCAGAAUCGUGGAUCCAAGCUGGUCUCCUGUUCAUCGUCUCCAUCUUUUUGGUUUAGUUGCGAAUGUUGUAAACGUUGCACAAAUUAAUCGGGAUUCAAUUUAUCUACAGAAACAUUUUAGGAAUGCUUAUUCUUUUUUCCCUCUUUCUCGUAGCAUGGGAACUGAAUGGCGAUGCGUAACCAUUCUGGUGGGAAUAAGUAAGUAACCGUUUAAUCCGUAAAAGAAUAAAAUACCUGAGACACCAUGGUACCAUAGCAGAAGCUUAGAAGCGAGUACUAAGCAUUGGAUUCCCUAGAACAAACAAAAACAGUGUGCACACGUAGGUCCCAAGGUCCAUUUUUGUACCCAAGAACAGGGUCUUGGCGCCAUGUUGGCACUAGUACCCAGCUAUUUCCGUCGGGGGCAACGCCCUGGCACAAAGUGUGAACGCUGCCUUAGAUAAGGACCAGAUGUUAUCCAACGGGUGAAUAAAUACCGAUGGAGGAUCUUCAAGGAUUGUCUUUUUCAAUAGCUUUAACUUGCUCGGAUAUUUGUUUUCACUGCCUGUGCUGACUCGCGAAUGUCAAGGUUUUAGAGUUUUUUUUUUUUCAUUAUUAUUUUAGAAAUAGAUUACAAUUUUUUUGUAGGUAGCACACCUCGUGUCAUUCUGGGAAGCCAGACAACACAAAGUCCGCCCAAUAACAGUGAACCGGGCUAUGUAUGGUGGAGUAUACAGUUUGAUCGCGCGGUAAGAACAAUUACGGUCUACUUUGGUAGGGAAAAAACCAAUCUAGCAGAGUCCUCCUUAACUUUACACAUUAGACGAGCAUCAGCAUCCUCACUAUUCCACAAAAAAUGAAUGUCCACAAAACAACCUACCUUCUUUCUAUCUUUCUUUUUUUUUCCCUCAACCUCCAUUUGUAUUAAGUGAUUUAGUUUUCUUAAUAAUGUUGUCAAGCGCAGAAUCAUCAUGUUUUUUAACUAAUUACUUCGGCGGAGCGCGAAGUAAAGCAUUCGCGACGCUCAGGAAUGUAUCAAAGUUACCAUUUUUUGACAAGACUGGGCAUGCAAAGUCUGUAGGUUUUCGGUUUUAUUCCGCUAUUUGACGAAGUGAGAGCCGAAUUAGUUCGAGAUAUCUCGAGAUCACUUCGAGUUUUUUGAUUUAUUCCUUAACUUUUUCGAGGAAGAAAGAAUUGUUAUUUUCUUCCCCGGGGUUUGAACCGACUCACCUGUGUGACCCAUCAGGUCAGAGGAUACCCUAAGUUGAGGGAUUAGCCGAUUGCGCUACUGCGACCCAAGGUAGUUCAGAAUAUGAUAUGAAAAAGAGUUAUGAAAUCAUGCACUAGUUUCGGGACAAGAUUGGGCGUGCAAGUUCGCGACGUUUCGGCUUGUUUCGGCUAUUUCACGAAAUGAAACCAGACUACUUUGUGAUAUCUUGAGAUCACUUCGAGUUUAGUCUUUAAUUUACUCGAGGAAUAAAUAGAGGAUAUUAUGUGGCCGCGCAGAGACACGAAAUUUCUCUUCGAGUGUUGAAAAACAUUUCAUGAGUGAGCCCUCCUUUCGAACUGCUUUAUGAUGAAUUUAAAGUUACAAAAUGGUGCACAAAGACAUUUUGUCUUUGUUGAGUGUUACGUAGUAAAAUUGUUUUCAUGCGUUGCGUGACUUUCUCGAACGUUCUCUACUUUUUGGAUUAUUCAUGAAUAAUUAAUUUGGGCAUGUUUACAUUUCAGCAUGAGUCAGCAGAUUUGCAUCAGUUACUGAAAUCAUAAAAUGUGUCGAAAAGCUACACUAUUCGCUCGUUUAGUAUUUUCUAGAGCCUUAUGUCAAACGGUAUACAAGUUCCAAGCGAGGUCUUUUGACGGACUAAGUUUUUUUCUCACGAGCUGGACUGCUGUGGUUAGUCAAGUGUGACGAAGGUCGAUUUUCAAGUUCUGUGUUUACAAGUUGGCGGAAGCCGUAAGAUAUGUGAAGUUCAAGUGAGAGUUUGUUAUUAUUGGUAGAGGCUGUUUAGUUGUACUUAAGUUCAAGUCAAGUUUGUGUUGGCGGAUGCUGUGUUUUAAAGCUCUGAAAAGGCUAUGUUCCUUUGGUAUUAAACUUCCUUGUGUUAAUCCGACAUUCCUGCGUGCUGAUAGUCAGUGAAUAAUUAUCCUCAAAACAUUCGAACUCGUAACAGCCAAUUCCAUGCUCAACGUAAUUGCCUCCUUACCCAUGCCUUACAUAUCUUUAAUCAGUACAUGAGACUGCAAUGUGUUUUUGAAGCCUGAUAAGAAUUCUUUUUUCACUGUUUGGUUUGUUAGACUUGUUAUUCACCGCCAGUAACCUCAUAUUUGACUUAGGUCUAAACGUUUAGACCCAAGUCAAAUUUAGAAGGAUUUGUAUAGAGUCAUCAGAGCAUAACUUGGCUAAUAUCUCCGAGACAAUUUGUCUCGAAAUGCUAGUUUUUGGCAAGUAGCCCUCUUGGAUGUUGCUCUUUUCAGAAUAUCCUGACAAAUCCCAUAAUUUCACAAAUUAACACCUUACUCUUUCCUUAUUUCAUUUCUUACUAUUCCUCCGCAUUUACAAUUAAACAGUCCACAACCACUACGCCGAAGUGUACGCUCCGUAGCGCCUUGUUUAUCCUGAAAAAAACAGCGGACAUUAGGCAACGCUUCCACUGGUUUCCCCACCAAAUGACGCCUGAGAAACGAGCCCAGAAAUUCCAUACUGAUGACGCGUCACUACCCAGAUCUGGGUAGUGCUUCUAAUUGGUACUGCCGCGUGGGAAAUUUGAUUCAACCAAACAGAAGCACUACCCAGAUCUGGGUAGUGACGCGUCAUCAGUAUGGAAUUUCUGCGCUAGUUUCUCAGACGUCAUUUGGCGGGGCGACAAGUGGUAGCGUCGCCAAAUGUCGGCUGUUUGUUUUUUUCAGGCUACAACUAAAUCAAGUCCUCCAGUCAUGAAAUCUACGUUGCUGUUCACCUGUUAAAUUAAAAAAUAGCACGGAACUUGAAAUUACAUAUCCGUUAUACUGGCUAAACAUGAAGCUAAGUAUUGACCAAUUGCUAAGCCAUUUAAGCAAUCUUGACCAGCGUGGUUAGAACAAAACUUCUUGUAGAAAAAAAAUAGCCUGCGAAAACAGCCGUUUCUCCCGGCUUUCCAUCGCUUUAACGGGUUCUCCAGGAGAGAAGUCUGUGCCUAAGCCACAGAAAUCAGCCAUACUAAUGACGUAUAAUCUGUGCGGAAUCUGGUCAGGAGCUCUGAUUGGUCGAAUUAGUAGCUGUAUUGUUUUAGCUGUUGUUUACGAAUGACAGACCAAAGACAAAAGCCCACAAUGGUCAAAUGUAACCGCGAUGAAUCUAUAACAGAGCAGUCAAUAUUCGUGGAAUUUAUUCUUUUCUAGAAGAAGCAUUUGAGUCUAGGUGGAGGUCUUUCGCAGAUAAAAACAAAAAAAUACCCAUUAAAAUCGACCAGGAGAAACAUAAAAUCGAACAAAUUUGCAUUUGGAACCCCAUGACAACCGGAUUGAUUAUGUAAACAUUUAUUAACGUCAUCAGUAUAGAAUUUCUGUCGCUGAAGCGCAGACGUCUCUAGCUCCUAGCAAAACGUCUCAAGGGACGAGGAAGGAGGAGAAACGGCUGUUUUCGCAGGCUAGAAAAAAAAAUCGAGCAAUCCCAAAAGGGCCUAUCUUGCCCACUCCUGACUUAUCCGGCCAGCUCGCGGAGCCAUUAAUAAAGCAAGCUAUUAACAUAAUGGUUUGUAAACAAUGCAGAUAAAGAAACCUCGUACUUCUUCCUAUAUCCGGCUCGUUCUUCUUCCCAGUGGUCACACAGUUCAUAAAGUGGACGCACUCUCUCAGUUUGUCAUAAUCAACAGUGAUCUUACCACCCUGCAGUUUGCAAUGCCCUAUGCUGCAUUAAGUAUGAACAGCUCGUACGCCAUCUUGAUGGAUCGUGGUGCAGUGGUUGGACAAGGGUGUUCGUAUGGUGGACCUCCCACACCAGGAAUAACUAACACAAGUGACUGGCAGUUCACUGCUGGUUUUUGUCCGGUCGGAUAUACCCUUGCUCCACCAGAUUUUUCCAACUGUGUUGGUACGUAUAUAUUAGUUAGCUUU